AUGUUCAGCUUCUUCCGAAAAAGUCAAGAUUCAAAGAAGGUUGCAGUGCCAGAGAGAGAAGCAGAUGGAUUUGUUAUUGUGGGUGUUUUUAGUAUCUUCCAUGAUCGUGCCCUCUUGACAAAGCGGAAUUUCAGGACGUUAGACAUUGUGUAUGAUGGAACCACUGCAACUAAAUCCUCUGUGAAUGCCUUAGAACAUGAGAGGAAAUUUGCUUUUUGCAAGCCUGUAGGUGUAUCCCCUGAUAAGUGGCAGCCCCACGUUCCAUGUGCCAACACUGCUGAUGUGGCUGCACACAAAUUGGAUCAGAGAACUGAUCAACUAAUCAGAUACUUUACCAAAUACUGCAUUGUACUUGGGGACCUGACCGGUCAGUCCUUGGGGGCUGAUGACAGCAUAGAGCAAGCAUGCAUGGACCUGGGUGUCAUGGGCUUCCACGCUAACUGGGCAUGGGCAAAAGCAGACUGCUGUUCCCGGCAGCUUCUGCCAGGUGACACAAUUGAUGAUCAAAGUAGAGAGUCAAAGGAUAAAACUUCAUUUCCGGAGACCAGACCGAUGUACAACCCACCUCCACAGAUAAAUACAGGGCACCGAUCGCAGUUGACUGUAUCAAGUGCAGAGGUGGGAAAUGAAAGGAGUCAAAAUUUGGAAAGCAGCCCUUUCAUGUCAGAUCUUCUGAGUGACGUACCCUUUGCCCUGGCACCACAUGUGUUAGCAGUACAGGGCACCCAUAAUGACGUUCCUGACCGAUUGCUCACCUACGACAUCAAUGAUAAUUUAUCAAGAUUUUGGUAUGACUUUACACUUGAAAAUUCAGUGCUUUGUGAUCCGUGA